CGUGCCAUUUCGCUCUCCUUCCUUCCCUCCCUUUCCUCCCUCUCUCUCCACCGCCAAAAUCCCAAAUUAAUCCACCAAAAAAACCAGAAAAAAAAUCGUUUCCUUAUCAAUGAGUCAUUGGCGUUGCUGCACCUGAUUCGAGCUUCCUCGCGAUCGCCUCCGCGGAUGAAUCAAUGGAUCCUUCUUCUUCCAAGGAGCAAAUCCCGCGGAUGAAUCGGCCCGGGCCGUUGCGCGGAUCGGCCUAGAGGAGGGGGAGGAGGAUCAGCUAGGUGAUGAGCUCGGUUAUAUGGAAAAACAAAAGAGGCAAGGUCUAGAUUAGGUGAGUAAGAACCGGUGUGGUCUAAAGAGAUGAAUGGUUCGAUAUUCGAAGGUGAUCAUGCUUUAGAGAUUAGGAUUUCAAAGCUAAGUGGAAGGACAUCAUUUGUGGUCGGUGUUAAUCAAGCCUGUGCUGAUCAGGAAGGAGCUUCCAGCACAGCCCUUCAUUUCGUUUGCGUUCAACGAAAAUGAAUAACCAGGUUGGGUCCAGUAGCAAGAAAAACUUGAAUGUGGCCUAUGAAGAUCUGACUAAAAUUCUUGGUCUUAGUAGGUUUGACUCCGAGAACCUUUCUGAUGUCUCGAGUACUGGUUUACCAAUGAAAUGUGCUUUGGAUCCAACAAAUUCAGUGCAUAUGAGGAACAUAACCCCUGAGAAUGGGCUUAAAUCAGCCGAAGUUUCAAGUGAUAAUCUGCAAGAUACGUCUAUUUCGUGUGAAAGUCCACAUUCACAGUUUGGAAAAGCCAAGUUCAUGUGUAGCUUUGGUGGAAAAAUUAUGCCUAGGCCAAGUGACAGCAAGCUCAGAUAUGUUGGCGGAGAAACACGUCUCAUCUCAAUACCCAGAAACUUCUCAUGGAAUGAACUUGUGCAGAAAACCCUUAAAAUCUACAAUCAGCCCCACACCAUAAAGUAUCAGCUUCCUGACGAGGAUCUUGAUGCAUUGAUAUCUCUUUCAUGCGAUGAGGAUCUUCAGAAUAUGAUGGAAGAAUACAGCAGCCUUGAAAGGGCCAAUUCCUCACCUAGACUUCGGAUAUUUCUUGUGUCACAAACUGAAUGUGAGGAUUCAUCAUUGGACUCAAGAAGCUUAGAGAGUGAACCAGAAUAUCAGUUUGUGGUUGCUGUGAACAAUCUGGCCCAACUGAAGAAGAGCAUCAGCGGUAACAAUUUGCUGAGCCAAUCAAGCCAUCAUUUGGAUAAUUCUCCACUACCUUGCAGAGACACACCUGUCUGUCAAACAGAUAGAGAAAGUGGAGCUAAAGCUUUGGGAGGAUAUACUGUAAAUGAGGCCCCAUCUCAGUUUUUCAUUUCUCCAUUCACACACCAAACAGUAGCUGAGUCAUCAAUGACUUCCUCCCCAAACUUAAAUCGGCAGAGGACCAUGAAAAAAUCAAGGAUGCGGUUAUCUGCAGAGAAAUCAACAUUGAACCAAGAACAUGAGGACACAAGUGAAGUUUACAAUGGGUCAAAUUUGGAAACAAUGCUUCCUGACCAUCAACAUAAGAAGCAAAAUGAUACAGAAACAGGUAUUGGAGCUGGAACUUCCCCACACCAUUUUCACAUUCAAAACCAGGUAAAAGACUUGGGCAUGCCUCAAAACGAGAGUGGCUUGAGUUCACUCACCAACUAUGAUAUGCCUAUUCCUGUGCAAACACCCUUCUAUUCUGAAAAGGUAUCCAUUCAUCCAGAAAAUUCAGUCUUGUCUGCAGAAGGCAUGACUCAUGCCUUCUCGGAUCCUUUGCUGAAAGACCGCAAACAAGUACUUGCAGCCAACUUGUCAUCAGCUGCUGAUUCCCACAUAGCACCAAUUUCCCAAGAAAUAUAUCAAACCAAGGAGCCAGAGAGAAAAUUAAGUGUGACUAAGCCAGAUUUUGUGCGUGUUAAGCCAGCUGAUGUUGCUCGAACAGAAGAACCAAAAUGCCUUGUUUCUAAUCAUACUGACCAACCAUAUAAUCAAGGCAUUGUUGGUGCAGCCAGUGUAGAACCAACAAUACAUUACCAACAAGAUAGUUUAUCCAGUAAUGUCAGAAAAGGUCAUGAUGGUGGUUCUACUGUUCAACAGCAGGAUAAGCCUUAUCAUCAGGAAAACAGGGCAGGUCCAAAUGUUACUCCCCGGUUCGGCUUUGUUGAUACAGGGUUCAAUUCCUGUCAUGCACGUGCUCCAACCAUAUCAUCGGAUGAAUUAGAUGCUCUAGAAAGCUCAGUCCCAACAUCAAUACCUGCUACUGAUCAUUUUGUCAAUGAAUGUUCUGUUGGGUCCCAAGUAGAGAAUUCAGCUCGUGGAUCUCAGAUAGACAAUUUGAAUUCAGGAGGUGCUGGUGCAGAUUAUGGAACUACUGGCUGUGUGUAUGGGUACGAUAAAGUUGCUCCAGUACCCCAUGCAAGCUUGCCCAUAAAUCCUUUUGAUGCUUUUACCUCCCAAAUAUCUAUGGCAAAUAGAGAAUCUAGUGUAUAUCAAAAUGGAAAGGUGGACCAGUCAUCCGUGCAUAACUAUGGCUUGGAUAUCUCUCCACUUAUUGGCAUUAGUAACUCUGAUGUGAGUGCAAAUUUGCCGUCAUCUCAGAAUCCAUCUCCUGUGUGUGUUUCAAGCAGAGAGGUCCCUCUCGAGUGCAAUAUUGCCUGCAGCCAUGUAGUGAAUGGAUUUGAUCCCACCUUCAUUGAUAAUGAAAGCAUGAAACUGAAUGACAGAAUGUACAACAAUGUCCAGAUGGAGGCACCUGUUAUAGUUGAGGAUGUGACUAAUAAUGUGCCUUUAGGCAUUCCGUCAUCCAGACCACUCAUUCCUCAUGUUGAAGUGGCAGCUGAAGAACGGCAACAAGCUAUUAUUUCAUCACUGAAGGAUGAUGAUGCUAAGAGUGAUGGGCCAGAGUUAGCUAAUGAGGAUCAUGAUGAUGAACCAGCUGCGGAUGGAUCCAUAAGUGAUGCUGCAGUUGCCGAACUGGAAGCCAGCAUGUAUGGCUUGCAGAUCAUAAGAAAUGCUGACCUUGAGGAGCUACGUGAAUUGGGAUCUGGCACAUUUGGAACAGUAUAUCAUGGGAAGUGGCGAGGAACUGAUGUUGCUAUAAAACGAAUUAAGAAAAGCUGUUUUGCUGGGAGAUCAUCUGAACAGGAGAAGCUUACCAAAGACUUUUGGAGGGAAGCAAAAAUUCUUUCAAAGUUGCAUCAUCCAAAUGUUGUUGCUUUCUAUGGUGUGGUUCCUGAUGGAACUGGAGGAACAUUGGCAACUGUGACAGAGUUCAUGGUAAAUGGAUCACUAAGGAAUGUUCUUUUAAGGAAGGACAGAAUGCUCGAUCGUCGGAAAAGGCUCAUUAUUGCUAUGGAUGCGGCAUUUGGAAUGGAAUAUUUGCACUCCAGAAGCAUAGUCCAUUUUGAUUUGAAAUGCGACAAUUUACUUGUUAAUUUGAGAGAUCCUCAGAGGCCAAUCUGCAAGGUUGGAGACUUUGGACUGUCAAGAAUUAAGCGCAACACAUUAGUUUCUGGUGGUGUACGGGGCACUCUUCCAUGGAUGGCGCCUGAGCUUUUGAAUGGAAGCAGCAGCCGAGUGUCUGAAAAGGUGGAUGUGUUCUCCUUUGGGAUAGCUCUAUGGGAGAUCUUGACUGGUGAGGAACCCUAUGCAAAUAUGCACUGUGGCGCUAUAAUAGGCGGUAUCGUCAACAACACUCUUCGGCCUCUGAUACCCAAAAACUGCGAGCCUGAAUGGCGAAAACUGAUGGAGCAAUGCUGGUCAGCGGAUCCUGACAUCCGCCCCUCAUUCACCGAGGUCACCGACAGGCUACGAGCCAUGUCAUCAACUCUUCAGGCAAAGGGACAGCAUCAGGGAAACAAAUGAAGCCUAUUUCAUCAACCGGCAAAAAUAUUUGAUUGCAACGGAGAUGGAUCACUAACCUGCCCAAGCUCCUAUCUGUGUGCAUAGAUUGAGUAUAUACUAUACAUGUAUAUUUGUUGGUCAUGGUGUGUAUUCUAUUCUGGUGUAUGUAUGCCUAUGCUGUUCAUUUUUUUUCCACCCCCUCUUUCUUGAGAGUUUCUUAAGUGUAAUUACGUGUAUCUAUUUGAGAUAACAUGUACUGCAUGCGGGCUCUUCUUGAGGCCUCACUUCUCUUACAAUUUUUGUGAGCCUGACCACUGAAGAUGGCCUGGCACUUGUAAUUAUAUGGCAUGUAUGAACUGACAGAAAUACAUUGAAUUGACACUUUUGAGGAAAGAAUAAAUGGAUUUAUUUGUUUUC